UUGUACGGGUUAAAAAAUUAGUAUAUAAAUAAAAUAAUACCCUCUAAAUCUCUGUCCGUCUUCUUUGGUCUCUCUCUCGCUUGGUAAAGGUUAAUAGCUUUCCAGAAUGGGUUUUGAUAAGGUUUAUCAAUGCUUGCUUGAUGUAUUCCCGCUGGUUGAUUCACGUGUUCUAAAAGCUGUUGCUAUCGAGAACUCUAAGGAUGUCGAUGCAGCUGCGGAGAUUGUUCUGUCUGAGAUUAUGCCUUACUUGUCUAAACUUACUGUGGCUGCUAGUUCUUCCUCACAGAACCAGAGUCCUCGAUUGCAACCAAAUGAAGCUGUAGAUGAGGAAGAAAGCAAUCAGUUGAGGUGGCGAAAGGUAUUGUUUGGGAAAAGAGCAUACUCUUCUGCAGAACCAUUGUUGGAAACAAAUGAAGCUGUCACAGAAACUUGUCUUACAGGGGCUGCUAGCAACAUGGAUUCUCUUGAGACACCAAAUGCAGCGGCUACUUCAAAAUUCCUUGAGAACAACAAUAAUGAGGCUGCUGAAAUUGAAACUGAGGAAUUGAUUUUGGUGGGGAACGCUGAAAUUCAGAAAGACAAGUCUAGUUUCAGUUUGAAUGCAUUAGGGAUCGAUAAUUCUCUGCUAUAUGCAAAUCUUCAAAUCAAGGAGUCAGGUUCAUCAAGUAAAGACCGAGCCAUAGACAUCAAAGAUGGGUUUGUGAGGUCUCCCCGGGUUUCACCAGUCACCAGGGCUAAUGAUUCUACCUCUCUUCUGGGGAAUACUGGUAGUAGUGGCAGCUCAAAUGAUGAGUUAAAUUUUGAUGGGCCUGUGGAUUUGAAUGUAGAUUUAUGCAGAAACAGUUCAUUAAAUAGAACCAUGCUAGGUGAAGAAAAUGUUGUAGGUCUGCUGGUUCCAUCAUCUUCUCAAGAACAAAUGCCAGAAGGCCUGAGAGCUGGUCUUCGUUCUGAAAGUGGUUCGGUGAUUCACUCUACUGAUUCUGAGAACCAAGAAAGAGGUUCUGUAGAACUUAAAUCCCUGCUGGACUCCAUUAGUGAAAUGGGUGAUAUUGAAGAUGAUACCUUUAAUCCUGCUGUUAGUAGAUCUAGUAAAACAUGCAGAAUUGAUCUACUUGAAGAGAUCAUUGAAAAUGCUAAAAAUAACAAGAAAACCUUGUUUCAGGCCAUGCAGUCAAUGAUGAAUUUGAUGAGAGAAGUUGAACUUAAAGAGGAAGCUGCAGAACAAGCAAAAGAGGAAGCUGCCAGGGGAGGUUUGGAUAUUCUUCUCAGGGUGGAGGAACUUAAACGGACGCUGCCAUAUGCAAAGGAAGCAAAUGACAUGCAUGCGGGAGAAGUAUAUGGGGAGAAGGCAAUUCUAGCCACUGAAGUAAGGGAGCUUCAAAGUCGCUUGCUCAGCUUGUCGGAGGAAAGAGAUAAAUCUCUUGCCAUUCUUGAUGAGAUGCGUCAAACCCUUGAAGCUCGACAAUCUGCGGCAAAGGAGUUGAUGAAAACAGCAGAGCAAGAAAAGCUGGAAAAAGAAGAAUCUGCCCAUAAAGCUCUUGAUGAACAAGAAGCCAUUACGGUGAAGGUGGUCGAAGAGUCCAAGAUUCUAAGGCAGGAGGCAGAAGAAAAUUCCAAGUUACGUGAGUUUCUUAUGGACCGGGGUCAGAUUGUUGACUCAUUACAGGGCGAAAUAUCUGUUAUUUUUGAGGAUGUUAGAGUGCUUAAAGAGAAGUUUGAUGAGCGUAUUCCAUUAAGCAAAUCUAUAUUCUCAAGCCACACCAGCUGCAUCCUGGCCUCAUCAGGCUCAUCUCUGAAAGGCAUGGCAUCUGAUCUUGCUCCCGAGCAGGGGGAGACUGCUAAAGCCCUAGAGAAAAGAAGCCCAACACCAUCUAUUGAUUGGCAAUCACCAAAAAGCAGAUCAUCGGAGGAAAGAUACAAAGCUGAUGGCAAAAAACUGUUGGAUGAUGGGUGGGAAAUUUUUGACAGAGAUGCUGAAUUCUGAAUUGUACAGUGAAGUUAUAUGAAUCGUUAAUGCACCAUAAACUGGCCCCCUCCGAUUAUAAUUGGCUUAUACAAGUCUGCAUUUUAUUUUAAUAGCAUGUGCUAAGUACUACGAUCCUCGAUUCAAGCACUAUUUGAUUGACUGGUUUUUCUUUAGCAUAAAGGCAUUUUCUGUGAAUAUUUUAUUUCUCUGUUAGUGGCAAAUACUAUUGAACAAGUUUUGUACAGCAUUAAGUAUUGAAUAAGUGAGUGCAUUUAUUUAGGUUCUC